AUGCCUGCUACAACGCAUCCCGAAUACAAUGACUCUACUGAAGCCCUGGAGGUUGCUCAAGCUUUUGCUGGGAACAUCCGCGGCAGGACAGUUGUAAUAACAGGUGUAAACCGUGGUGGAAUCGGAUAUGCGACAGCCGAAGCAUUCGCAUCUCAAGCUCCUACCCAUCUCAUAGUGAUAGGCCGAACGAUGUCAAAACUUGAAGAGAGCAUCGACGCUAUGAAGGUCAAGUAUCCCGACGUUGACUAUCGCGCGCUUCAUAUCGACCUAUCUAGCCAACAAUCCGUCCGCUCAGCCGCAGCCAAGCUCCUCUCAUGGACCGACGUGCCCACAAUUGACUUCAUCAUUAACAGCGCAGGUAUCGCCCUUCUCCCAGAGCGUACCUUUAGCGUCGACGGAAUCGAAAUGGUGUUUGCAACGAACCAUAUCGGGCAUUUUUUAUUCACCUGUCUACUCAUGCCCAAACUCAUCAAAGCUGCCGAAAAGUCUCCAAAGGGAGCUACCAGAAUCGUCAAUGUCAGUUCUGGCUCGCCGACUGUAGCACGUAUGCGUUGGAGUGAUAUGAAAUAUGAAAAGCUCAACAAGGACCUACCGGAGCAAGAGCAGCCAUUCUACGAUCUGCAAAAGGCAUGGGGGAUUGAUGACCCCGAGAACAAGUCGUAUACGCCACUGGAAGCUUACAACGUAAGCAAAGUUGCAAAUGUUCUAUUUGGAAUUGGCAUUACCAAGAGGCUGUACGAAAAGCAUGGAAUCUUGGGUUUGGCACUGCAUCCAGGUAUUAUCGAAACGGAACUUGGCAGAAAUGCCGAGCCAAAAAUUAAGGAUGCUGUUAAUUCUUUGCGCGAAAAGGGAGUCUACUCUUACCGACCUUUGGGCGCAGGAGCUUCGACAAGUAUGGUUGCAGCGCUAGACCCAAAACUUGGGCCAGGGGAAACCAAGGACGGUAAAGAGAAUUAUGGUUCGUUCUUGUCUGAUUGUCAGAUCAGCAGCAAUGCUCAGCCAUUAGCUGUUUCGAGUAGUGAGGCUGAAAAGUUGUGGAAGUUGUCCGAGGAGAUGGUCAAUCAGAAGUUCGAAUGGUAA